AUGUCCCAAGAUAGAAUUUUAUUAGACUUAGACGCAGUUGAGCAAAGGUUAGUUCUCUUCAACUCUACCUUUCCUUCUGAUUCUCUUGAAGCACCCUUCAACUUUAGCAGCAAGGAAUCAACUUCAGAGAAUUUAGACAGAUUAGCAGGAACUAUAUUACAUAGCCGUUCCAUCGCCGGUCAUGUCUUCCUUUACAAAAGCAUUUUUUUAGAGAUAGUGGCACGUUGGACAAAGAAUCUCAAAAAAAAAGAUUAUGUUCUUGUAAUCGAAAAAUUAGCAAGUAUUAUUACAAUAUUUCCCUCUGCAAUGCCAUUAAUUGAAGAUUAUUUAGAUAAAGAGAAUGAUCAUUUCAUUACUAUUCUUCAAAACCCAUCUUCGCAAAAAGAUUCUGACAUGUUUAAAAUACUAUUAGCAUACUAUAGACUACUAUAUCACAAUAAAGAAGUAUUUGCACGCUUCAUUCAACCCGACAUUUUAUAUCAACUUGUGGAUUUACUCGCCGAACAUCAGGAAAGUCAGGUUAUUAUAUUCCUAGCAUUGAAAGUUUUAUCUUUGUACUUGGAUAUGGGAGAAAAAGCCAUAACUGAUAUGCUAGAUGCUUACAUAAAAUCAAACGAUUCAUUAUUGGGCCGUUUCGAGGGCGAUUUUAAAGUAGAUUACAGUUUCCUCGAACUGAAUGAAGCCAAAAGAUUUUCGAAUUUUUCUAAACUACCCUGUGUUCCAGAAUGUUUCACUAUUAAAAAAAACCAUAGCUACCUUAUUAUUGAACCUCAGGAUUUAAAUAUUAAGGUCGCGUCCAUUUGUGGUGUAAUCGUCCCUAAGGUCCACACUACCCAUGACAAAGUAGCCUACCCAUUAACUUUUGUUCCUACUCAAAAAACGGUUUCUUCUCUUCGUCAACUAGGAAGGAAGAUUCAAAAUUCAGCACCGGUUAUGCUCAUUGGAAAAGCGGGAUCUGGUAAAACCUUUUUAAUCAAUGAGCUAAGUAAAUAUAUGGGUUGUCAUGACUCCAUUGUAAAAAUUCAUUUGGGUGAACAAACUGAUGCCAAGUUACUGAUUGGUACCUACACUUCUGGUGACAAACCAGGCACGUUUGAAUGGAGAGCUGGGGUUUUGGCUACUGCAGUCAAAGAGGGUAGAUGGGUACUCAUAGAGGACAUAGAUAAAGCUCCUACGGAUGUUUUAUCAAUUCUUUUAUCUCUUUUAGAAAAGCGCGAGUUAGUCAUCCCAUCCAGAGGAGAGACUGUAAAAGCUGCAAACGGUUUCCAAUUAAUAUCGACUGUCAGAAUCAACGAAGAUCAUCCAAAGCAAAAUUCUAAUGGGAGUUAUAACUUGAAUAUAAUUGGUAUGAGGAUUUGGAAUGUUAUUGAAUUAGAGGAACCUAGCGAAGAGGAUUUGACGCAUAUUUUAGCUCAAAAAUUCCCCGUCUUGAAAAACCUCAUUCCUAAACUGAUUGAUUCAUACAAAAGCGUCAAAAGUAUUUAUUUGAACACAAAGUUUAUUUCGUUGAACAAAGGUGCACAUACAAGAGUUGUAUCCGUGAGAGAUUUGAUCAAGCUAUGCGAAAGGUUAGACGUUCUAUUCAAAAGCAACGGCAUCAACAAACCAGAUCAACUAAUCGAGUCUUCUGUCUACGAUAGUGUUUUCUCCGAAGCUGCCGACUGUUUUGCUGGCGCAAUUGGAGAAUUCAAAGCCUUGGAACCUAUUAUACAAGCAAUCGGAGAGUCAUUGGACAUCGCUUCCUCAAGGAUUUCUUUAUUUUUGACGCAACAUGUGCCCACUCUGGAAAACCUUGAUGAUAGCAUCAAAAUAGGAAGAGCUCUAUUACUCAAAGAAAAGCUAAAUAUACAAAAGAAAUCAGUGAACAGUACAUCAUUUGCAUUUACCAAUCAUUCUCUAAGAUUAAUGGAGCAGAUUUCUGUUUGCAUGCAGAUGACUGAACCUGUUUUACUAGUCGGUGAAACGGGUACCGGGAAAACUACAGUUGUUCAACAACUCGCUAAGAUGUUAGCGAAAACAUUAACGGUAAUCAAUGUUUCACAACAAACAGAAACUGGUGAUCUUCUUGGUGGGUACAAACCUGUAAAUUCUAAAACAGUUGCGGUUCCUAUACAAGAAACUUUUGAAACUCUUUUCAAUGCUACAUUUUCUUUAAAGAAGAAUGAGAAGUUUCACAAGAUGCUACAUAGAUGCUUCAACAAGAAUCAAUGGAAGAACGUUGUUAAACUUUGGAACGAAGCUUACAAAAUGGCUCAAAGCAUAUUAAAAAUCACAAACUCUGAAACUGAGAAUGAAAGUACAAAGAAGAAGAAAAGAAGACUUAACACUCAUGAAAAAAAGCUGUUACUUGACAAGUGGGCUGAUUUCAAUGACUCAGUGAAGAAAUUCGAGGCUCAAUCUAGCUCUAUUGAGAACUCAUUUGUCUUCAAUUUUGUCGAGGGUUCGUUGGUAAAGGCCAUCAGAGCCGGAGGGUGGCUAUUACUCGAUGAAGUGAAUUUAGCAACCGCAGAUACCUUAGAAAGUAUUUCUGACCUUCUUACUGAGCCCAAUUCCCGUAGUAUUCUUCUUUCAGAAAAGGGUGACGCUGAGCCUAUAAAAGCUCAUCCCGAUUUUAGAAUAUUUGCUUGUAUGAACCCUGCUACUGAUGUUGGUAAAAAAGACUUACCUAUGGGUAUCAGAUCAAGAUUUACUGAGAUAUAUGUACAUUCGCCAGAACGUGACAUUACUGAUUUGCUUUCCAUUAUUGAUAAAUAUAUUGGAAAGUACAGCGUCAGUGAUGAGUGGGUAGGAAAUGAUAUUGCUGAACUUUAUCUCGAAGCCAAAAAGCUUGCCGACAGCAAUACGAUCGUUGAUGGUUCGAACCAAAAACCACACUUUAGUAUCCGUACCCUGACACGGACAUUACUUUAUGUUACUGAUAUUAUUCAUAUCUACGGUCUACGCCGUUCCCUCUAUGAUGGAUUCUGCAUGAGUUUUUUGACUUUACUUGACCAAAAAUCUGAAGCCAUUCUGAAGCCAGUAAUAGAAAAAUUUGCAUUGGGAAGGCUAAAAAAUGUCAAGUCCGUCAUGUCACAAACACCCCCCUCCCCAGGACCAGAGUAUGUUCAGUUCAAACACUAUUGGAUGAAGAGGGGUCCUAAUGAAGUUCAAGAACAAGCUCACUAUAUCAUUACACCUUUUGUUGAGAAGAAUAUGAUGAAUUUAGUAAGAGCUACAUCAGGUAAAAGAUUCCCUGUGCUUAUUCAAGGUCCAACCUCAUCGGGUAAGACUAGUAUGAUCAAAUAUCUUGCGGAUAUAACAGGCCAUAAGUUUGUCCGUAUAAAUAACCACGAGCACACUGAUUUACAGGAAUAUUUAGGUACAUAUGUUACCGAUGAUACUGGCAAGCUGUCGUUUAAGGAGGGCGUUUUAGUCGAGGCACUACGAAAAGGAUAUUGGAUUGUUUUGGAUGAGUUAAAUCUUGCCCCAACAGACGUUUUGGAAGCUUUGAAUAGGUUGCUUGACGACAACAGAGAACUUUUUAUUCCAGAAACACAAGAAAUUGUACACCCUCAUCCUGAUUUCCUUCUUUUUGCUACUCAGAACCCACCCGGUAUAUACGGUGGCCGUAAAAUCCUUUCGAGAGCUUUCAGAAAUCGUUUCUUGGAAUUACAUUUCGACGACAUUCCGCAGGAUGAAUUAGAAAUUAUUCUACGUGAACGCUGCAAAAUUGCGCCAUCGUACGCAAAGAAGAUCGUUGAGGUAUACCGCCAACUAUCUAUCGAGCGUUCAGCUUCAAGGUUGUUCGAACAGAAAAAUAGUUUUGCUACUCUGCGUGAUCUUUUCCGCUGGGCUUUAAGAGAUGCAGUUGGCUAUGAACAGCUUGCUGCGAGCGGCUACAUGCUUCUAGCUGAAAGAUGCAGAACUCCGCAAGAAAAAGUCACUGUCAAAAAGACUUUAGAAAAAGUAAUGAAAGUUAAACUAGAUAUGGACCAAUAUUAUGCAAGUCUAGAGGAUAAAUCUUUGGAAGCGAUCGGAUCUGUUACUUGGACAAAAGGAAUGCGCCGACUAUCCGUUUUAGUUUCUAGUUGCUUAAAAAAUAAGGAGCCAGUGUUACUGGUGGGUGAAACUGGAUGCGGUAAAACAACAAUUUGUCAGUUAUUGGCCCAAUUCAUGGGUCGGGAACUAAUUACGCUAAAUGCUCAUCAAAACACAGAAACGGGAGAUAUAUUGGGUGCUCAGAGACCUGUACGUAAUAGAUCUGAAAUUCAACAUAAGCUGAUAAAAUGUCUAAAAACUGCCUUGAAUGUUGCUAAUGACAAAGAUAUAGACUUACAAGAGUUAUUACAGCUUUACUCUAAAUCAGAUGAUAAAAAUAUAACCGAAGAUGUUCGAAUGGAAAUAAAGAAGCUAAGAGACAGUUUGAAUGUUCUAUUUGAAUGGAGUGAUGGCCCUCUGAUUCAAGCUAUGAAGACCGGAAACUUCUUUUUACUCGACGAAAUAUCACUAGCUGAUGAUUCUGUUCUUGAAAGGCUAAAUAGUGUUUUGGAGCCAGAAAGAAGCUUAUUGUUGGCAGAACAGGGCUCAUCUGAUAGCCUUGUCACAGCUUCGGAAAACUUUCAAUUUUUUGCAACCAUGAAUCCUGGUGGAGAUUACGGUAAGAAAGAAUUAUCCCCAGCGUUGAGAAAUAGAUUUACCGAAAUAUGGGUGCCAUCCAUGGAAGAUUUCAACGAUGUCAACAUGAUUGUAUCCUCAAGGCUUUUAGAAGACUUGAAGAAUCUUGCUGAUCCAAUUGUAAAUUUCUCUGAAUGGUUUGGCAAGAAGUUAGGAGGAGGAAAUGCAACUAGUGGUGUCAUUUCUUUACGUGACAUACUUGCAUGGGUUGAAUUCAUUAAUAAAGUAUAUCCAAAGAUAAAUAACAAGUCGACUGCACUGAUUCAAGGCGCCUCAAUGGUAUUUAUUGACGCCCUUGGUACAAACAACACUGCUUACUUAGCAGAAAAUGAAAAUGAUUUAAAGUCACUUAGAACAGAAUGUGUUGUACAAUUAUUAAAACUAUGUGGUGACAACUUGGAACUACAACAAUUAGAAGCGAACAACAUUAUUGUGACUCAGGAUGAAUUGCAAGUUGGAAUGUUCAAAAUACCAAGAUUUCCAGGUGGUCAGCCUUCAUCCUUUAACCUAACCGCGCCUACUACUGCCUCAAACUUAGUAAGGGUUGUCCGGGCUAUGCAAGUCCACAAGCCAAUUUUACUUGAAGGUAGUCCAGGUGUGGGUAAAACAAGUUUGAUUACUGCUCUUGCCAACAUUACAGGAAAUAAGCUUACAAGAAUCAAUUUAUCUGAGCAAACGGAUCUAGUAGAUCUCUUCGGUGCAGAUGCUCCCGGUGAGAGAAGUGGUGAGUUUCUAUGGCAUGAUGCUCCGUUUUUGAGAGCAAUGAAGAAAGGUGAGUGGGUUCUUCUAGAUGAAAUGAAUUUAGCUUCCCAAUCCGUUCUAGAAGGGUUGAAUGCCUGUUUAGAUCAUCGAGGCGAAGCAUACAUCCCCGAAUUAGACAUUUCCUUUACUUGCCAUCCAAAUUUCCUGGUUUUUGCUGCCCAGAAUCCUCAAUAUCAAGGUGGUGGUAGAAAAGGUCUUCCCAAAUCUUUCGUCAAUCGUUUUAGUGUGGUGUUUAUUGACAUGCUUACAUCCGAUGAUCUCCUGUUGAUUGCCAAACACUUAUAUCCAAGUAUUAGCCCAGAUGUUAUUGCUAAAAUGAUUAAGCUGAUGUCUACUUUAGAGGAACAAGUCUGUAAAAAGAAACUUUGGGGUAAUUCUGGCUCGCCGUGGGAGUUCAAUUUGAGAGAUACGUUGCGCUGGUUAAAAUUGCUCAACCAAUAUUCAAUUUGCGAUGAUGUGGAUGUGUUUGACUUUGUCAAUAUCAUCGUUAAGCAGAGAUUCCGUACUAGCAGUGAUAAGAAUAAAGCACAACUCCUUAUUGAAGAUAUUUUUGGGGGAUUCUCAACCAAAGAAAACUUUUUCAAACUCACAGAAGAAUAUAUUCAAAUCAAUAACGAGGUAGCCCUAAGAAGUCCACACUACCGCUAUCCAAUCACUCAAAAUCUUUUUCCGUUGGAAUGCAACGUUGCAGUUUAUGAAUCUGUUUUGAAAGCAAUCAAUAAUAAUUGGCCGUUGGUGCUUGUUGGACCCUCGAACUCCGGUAAAACUGAAACUAUAAGAUUUUUAGCCUCAAUUUUAGGUCCGAGAGUAGAUGUAUUUUCCAUGAACAGUGAUAUAGAUAGUAUGGAUAUCCUUGGUGGUUACGAACAAGUUGAUUUGACUAGAAAAAUAUCGUACAUUACCGAAGACAUAACAAAUACCGUAAGGGAAAUCAUCUCGACGAAUAUGAAGCUACUACCAAAUGCUGCUGCAAUCAUAGAAGGUCUGAACUUAUUGAAAUAUUUGCUCAGUGAUAUCGUUACGCCUGAAAAAUUCCAAGGUUUCAGAAGUCGUUUUAACAAGUUCUCCUCACACUUAGAAGGGCACUCCUCAUUGAAAACCAUUAAUAUGAAUAUUGAAAAAAUGUCAGAAAUCAUCACUAAGGAAGCGUCGGUUAAAUUCGAAUGGUUUGACGGUAUGCUGGUCAAAGCAGUUGAAAAAGGCCAUUGGCUGAUCUUAGAUAAUGCUAAUCUUUGUUCCCCUUCCGUCCUCGAUCGACUGAACUCUUUAUUGGAAACAGACGGGUCGCUGCUUAUCAAUGAAUGUAGCCAAGAAGAUGGUCAACCAAGAGUUCUUAAGCCUCACCCCAACUUUAGAUUAUUUUUGACCAUGGAUCCCAAAUAUGGCGAAUUAUCCCGUGCUAUGAGAAAUAGAGGCGUGGAAAUUUAUAUUGAGGAAUUGCCCAAUCGUUCUACUGCUUUUGAUUGUCUCACUCUAGGACUCGAAGUCAAAAAGACGGAUACUGACUUUGUUUCUAUUGAUGAUGGUAUCAAAAAAAUAGAACUAAAUGAAUCAAAUACGCCAAUGCCAUUAAAACACUUUGUUCCAUCCUAUUUAAGCAGACCCUGCAUAUUUGCACAAGUACAUGAUAUCAUAUUAUUAUCAGACGAGGCUCCACUUGAAGAAUCUCUUGCAGCUGUUAUUCCGAUCUCCAGUUUGGGGAAGGUUGAUAAAUGGGCCAAUAAUAUUUUGAAUUGCAUGGAAUACUCAGAAAAGAAUAUCGUAGAAAAGCUUUAUGUUUUUAUAAAAUUUUUUACUGACAUGGGUAUCUUAGAGAAGAUUAAUAACCUAUACGCUCCUGCAACCCUAAAACUGCAAGGGGCUUUGGGGAUACAUGAUAAGCAACUAACAGAAGAAACUCUCUCACUUACCUUGAACGAGUAUGUUCUUCCAACAAUUAGCAAGUAUUCGGAUAAAAUUAAAUCUCCAGAGUCGUUAUAUUUAUUAUCAACUUUAGGUCUGUUACUCAACUCUUUGAACGCUCUCAAAUCAAUCAAUGCGAAAUCAACUCACGGAAAAAUUGACGAACUGACGUACAUUGAAUUAUCUGCAGCUGCGUUUAAUGGUCGCCAUCUAAAAAAUACGCCUCGCAUUCCAAUAUUCUGUAUUCUCUACAAUAUUUCAACUGUAAUAUCUGAAAACUUCAAGACAAAAAGUUUGUUUUGCGGCUCUAACCAAUAUCAACACUAUUGGGAUUUGCUAGUUAUUGUAAUUGCGGCAUUAGAAACGGCCACUACAAAGGAUGAAGCACGUCUAAGAGUAUACAAGGAGUUAAUAGAUAACUGGAUUGCGUCCGCAAAAACUAAAUCGGACAUUGAGAUAACUCCCUUCCUUAACAUCAAUUCAGAAUUUACUGAUGUUUUACAUUUGUCAAGGGGCCACUCUAUAACUUUAUUAUGGGAUACAUUCAGGAAGAAUUAUCCGACAACCUCCAAUAGUUGGCUAGCUUUCGAAAAGCUUAUUGAGUUAUCCAAGAAAUUUGACAGAGUGCGUCUGCUACAAUUUUCGGAAUCAUAUAGUUCUAUUCAAGAUUUGAUGGACAUUUUUAGGCUGCUAAAUGAGGAUGUGUUGGAUAAUAAUUUACCUGAGUUUAACUUUCUGCUAUCGAAGUUGGAAGAUGGUAUAAGCGAAUUGGAACUCAUUUCAAGUAAGUUUUUAAACAAAAGAAAACAUUAUUUUGCCACCGAAUUUGACAACUUGAUCAGAUAUACCUUCUCAGUCGAUACAGUUGAGCUAAUAAAAGAACUUGCACCUGCUUCUUCUUUAGCCACAGAAAAACUCACAAAACUUAUUAUAAACAAAUACAAUUAUCCUCCCGUUUUUGAUGUUCUUUGGACCGAAAAUAAUGCUAAGUUGACUUCUUUUACCUCUUCCAUAUUUUCGUCCCAGUUUCUCGAAGAUGUCGUUCGUAAAUCUAAUAAUUUGAAAACAUUUUCCGGAAAUCAGAUCAAACAAUCUAUUAGCGAUGCCGAAUUGUUGCUGUCUUCAACUAUCAAAUGUUCGCCUAACCUACUUAAAAGCCAAGUGGAAUGCUUUGAAAAUAUGUUGAUGACAUGGCUUAGAAGGAUCAUUGAUAUUCACGCCGGCAGGGACUGCUCAAAAUUGAGUUUGAAAGAGAUCAGCUCCCUCAUAGAAGAAAAAACUGCUUCAGAGACAUGCGUGACUUUUGCAGAGUACAUUCUUCCUGCUCUAGAGUUGAUUGAAAGUUCGAAAUCACUAGAAGCAUUAGGAGAGGCUUGGAUCUUAUUCGGUACAGGUUUGCUUUUGUUAUUCGUUCCAGAUUCUCCCUAUGAUCCAGCGAUACAUGAUUACGUUUUAUAUGACUUAUUUUUAAAGACCAAAACAUUUUCUCAAAAUUUAAUGAAAAGUUGGAGAAAUGUUCGUAAAGUAAUCAGUGGCGAUGAGAAGAUUUUCACAGAAGAACUCAUCAAUGUUAUAAGCGAUGAAGAUGCACCUCAAUCCCCUAGGGUAUAUCGUACAGAUAUGUCUAUUGAUUGCUUAUUUGACGAAUGGAUUGCAUUCUUGACGUCAACUAUGAGUUCUCAACAAAUAAAAGAGCUUGUAGGCGCUUACGAGUGCAAUUCGGAUCAAUCGGAUCGUAGAUUAGAAAUGCUCCAACAAAAUAGCUUUCAUUUCCUGAACCGUCUCGAAAGCGGUUACUCAAAAUUUGCCGAUUUAAACGAUAUCCUUGCAGGAUAUAUUUACAGUAUCAACUUUGGUUUUGAUUUAUUGAAACUUCAAAAGUCUAAAGAUAGGGCAAUAUUCCAAAUCUCUCCUUUGUGGAGCAUGGAUCCUAUCAAUAUUUCAUGUGCAGAAAAUGUUUUGAGCGCUUAUCAUGAGCUAUCAAAAUUCUUCAAGAAGAGUACUGUGGAAGAUAGUUCGGUGGAAAAGGUUUUGAUGUACUUCUUGAUGCUGUUCAAGUUCCAUAGAAAUGACACAAUAUUACUGGAAAUUUUCGAAGCUACCUUGUAUACUUUGUAUUCAAGAUGGUCUUUGAGACGCUUCAGACAGGAACAAGAGGAGAAUGAAAAGUCAAGUAUGUUCAAAUUCAGCGAUAACUCAGAUGAUUACGAGACAGAUUUCAAAAACCUGUUUCCAGAUUACGAGGACACAGUUUUGGUAACUGAUGAAAAAGAUGCUUCCAGCCCUGAAAAUCUGGAUGAAAUAUAUUUCCAGCUUGCCGACACAUAUAUCUCGGUAUUUGAUAGAGAUCAUGACGCGAACUUUUCUUCUGAAUUGAAAAGCGGUGCGAUGAUAACAACCAUAUUGAGUGAAAAGUUAGAAAACACCAAGAUAGAAGAGUUAAGAAGCGGAUCUUUGUCUGCUGUGAUUAAUAGACUUGAUGAGGAAACACAAUCUUUCAAAAAUGCGAAAGAUUUUGGUGAUAUUGAUUUUUACCACGAUUUCUCUAUUCCAGAGUUUCAAAAAGCAAGUGAUAUUAUCGAAACUGUUCUUAAGUCGGUCUUGAAAUUGUUAGAGCAGUGGCCAGAACACGCUACCCUCAAUGAAUUAUACCGAGUUUCCCAAGAAUUCUUAAACUAUCCUAUUCAAACACCCUUGGCAAGACAGCUCCAAAAGAUCGAACAAAUAUAUACUUUCCUAGCUGAAUGGGAAAAAUACGCAUCUUCUGAGGUAUCUCUGAAUACCACCCUAAAACUGAUUACUGAUUUGAUAGUUUCAUGGAGAAAAUUGGAAUUACGUACCUGGAAAGGUCUUUUCAACUCGGAAGACGAAAAAACUAGGAAGUCCAUUGGUAAAUGGUGGUUUUAUUUGUACGAGUCAAUUGUCAUUUCAAAUCUUGGUAAUGAAAAGAAGGAAACCACCUCUAACACUACUCUUUUGGUGAGUUCACUUAACCUAUUUUUUAGCAAAAGUACGUUGGGUGAAUUCAAUGCUAGACUGGAUCUUGUAAAAGCGUUCUACAAACACAUUCAACUCAUUGGGUUAAGAAACUCGAAGAUAGAGGGUUUACUCCAUAAUACCCUAAAAUUCUAUUAUCAGUUUAAACCGGUAAUUGAUGAGCGCAUUGCAAGUGGAAGAAAGAGCCUAGAAAAAGAAAUUGACGAUAUAAUCCUUUUAGCUAGUUGGAAAGACGUUAACGUUGAUGCUUUGAAACAAAGUUCUCGUAAGUCCCAUAAUAACCUUUACAAAAUUGUUAGAAAAUACCGUGAUUUGCUAGGUGGUGAUGCGAAAACCAUUAUUGAAGCCGGUCUUUCGUAUACCAACAAAAAUAAGUUUAAGCUCCCUACUUUAAGGCAGCAUUUCUACGAAGACCUCAACUUAGAGGCUUCGAAAAAUUUAGUAAAAAAGAUAUCUAGUUGGAGUACGAGACCUGCGUCAUUAAAAAAUAUUGACAUGGUAACAAGUAACAUGGACUCCUACUUAGAAAACAUAUCAUCGCAGGAAUUCCCUAACUUUGCAGAUCUAGCUUCCGACUUUUAUGCUGAAGCUGAAAGGUUGCGUAAGGAAACACCAGAUGUGUAUACGAAGGAGAACAAGAAAAGGUUGGCAUAUUUAAAAACUCAAAAAAGUAAAGUUUUAGGUGACGCAUUGAAAGAAUUAAGGAGGAUCGGUUUAAAAGGCAAUUUCAGAGAAGACAUUCAAAAAGUUCAAUCUUCAACAACAACUAUUUUGGCAAACAUUGCCCCCUUCAAUGAUAAAUAUUUAGAUUCCGCAGAUGCAUUUUUUUUCAAGGUUCUUGACCUUUUACCUAAGCUGAGAAGCGCUGUGUCAAAUCCAAGUGAUGAUAUCCCUGUUGCUGCUAUAGAAAGAGGUAUGGCGCUCACCCAGAGUUUGAUGUUUUCCCUAAUUACAGUCCGUCACCCUCUAUCGGUAUUUGCGAAUGAUUAUUGCAAGGUUAACGAUAUGAUAUUAGACUUAGAAUGUUUUACGCACUUAAAGGGUGAUAUUGUUCAUUGUUCAUUAAAAACAGAUAUAGAUAAUGUCAGAUUAUUCGAAAAGUGGCUACCUUCUUUGUUAGACUAUGCUGCACAGACCUUGUCUGUUAUUUCUAAAUAUUCAACAACUUUAGAGCAACAAAAGGUCUUAUUAGAUGCAAAAUCGACUUUAUCUUCGUUUUUCUUACACUUCAAUACAAGCCGAGUUUUUGAUUCUUCAUUUAUCGAGUCAUAUUUUAGGUUUGAGUUAUUUAUUAAUGAAUUGUUAAAGAAGCUUGAAAACGCAAAGGAGGCAGGAAACGCUUUUGUUUUUGACACCAUUAUAGAGUGGAUCAAAACAAACAAAAGGGUUCCUAUUAAAAAGGAACAAAAGAGAGGUCCUUCCGUGGAAGAGAUUGAACAAGCUUUCCGCCGUACUUUCACAUCCAUUAUAUUAUCUUUCCAGAAGGUAAUUGGGGAUGGUUUUGAAUCUAUAUCCGAAACUGAUGAUAAAUGGUUAUCUACUAGCUUCAAGAAAAUUAUGAUAAACGUCAAACUAUUAAGAUCUGGUGUUGUAUCUAAAAAUAUAGAGGCUGCAUUAUCUUUGUUGAAGAGCUUUGAUUUUGCCACUACGGAAUCGAUUUACAUUAAAUCGAUUAUAUCAUUUACUCUACCGGUAAUCACACGCUAUUGCAACGCAAUGACCGUGGUGCUUGACAGAUCAAGAAACUACUACACGAACACAAGUCAUGGUACGUACAUUCUAUCGACAAUAUUGCAUAGCUUAGCCAAAAAUGGAUUUUGUUCUCCGGAGCCACCAUCUGAAGAAGUUGACGACAAGAACUUGCAAGAUGGUACGGGCUUGGGAGAUGGUGAAGGUGCUCAAAAUAACAAUAAAGAUGUCGAACAAGAUGAAGAUUUGACAGAGGAUGCACAAAAAGAAAAUAAAGAUCAACAGGAUAAGAAUGAAAGAGAAGACGAGAAUGAAGAUGAUGCCGUUGAGAUGGAGGGAGAUAUGGCUGGUGAAUUAGAAGAUUUGUCUAAUGGUGAAGAAAAUGAAAAUGAUGAUGAACAUACUGACAGCGAAGAAGAAGAGUUGGAUGAAGAGAUUGAUGACCUGAACGAAGAUGAUCCUAACGCUAUUGAUGAUAAAAUGUGGGAUGAAAAGGCAAGUGAUAAUUCUAAAGAAAAAGAUACAGAUCAGAAUUUGGAUGGAAAAAAUCAAGAGGAAGAUGUACAAGCUGCUGAGAAUGACGAACAACAGCAGGAUAGUAAAGAAGGAGUGGAUGAAGACUCAAAAGCACCUGAAGAUGGCGAUGAGGAAAUUGAGAACGAUGAAGAUGCAGAAGAUGAAAAUGACGUUGGUGAACAAGAGGACGAAGUUAAAGAUGAACAAGGCGAGAAUUUGGAGGCCAACGUUCCCGAAAUCGAAACCCUCGACCUUCCUGAAGAUAUGAAUUUAGAUUCGGACCGUGAAGAAUCAGACGGAGAUAUUGAUAUGUCAGAUGAAAUGCCAGAUGAUCUAAACAAGGAAGAGGCUGAAAAUGAAAAUGAAGAAGUCAAACAAGAAGCCGGUAACGAAGAUGACAAUGAAGACGAUGAAUCAGACUCUCAAAUAGAUGUGAACGAAGCAGAAACAGCUUUUAACGAAGAAAAAGAUGCUGAAGAGGACGUGAAUAUGACUAAUGAUGAGGGAAAAGAAAAUGAAGAAAAUGUCCCAGAAGAGCAAGUCAUGUCCGAUGAAGAAUUAAAGCAGGAUGAUGGUAUAGAAGACGACAAAGAGAAAGGAGGUGAGCAGAAUACGGAGGGGCUUGAUGGCGUUGAGGAAAAGGCUGAUAUUGAAGACAUCGAUCAAGAAGCUGCCGUUCAACAAGAUUCCGGAUCUAAAGGAGCUGGUGCUGAUGCUACAGACACUCGAGAACAGGAGGACGUUGGAGGUUCAGGAACGACUCAGAAUACCUAUGAAGAAGACCAAGAAGAUUUGACAAAGAAUAAUGAAGAAUCACGCGAAGAAGCCACGGCCGCUUUAAAGCAAUUAGGUGACAGUCUGAAAGAAUAUCAUAGGCGUCGUCAAGAUAUAAAAGAGGCACAAACCAAUGACGAAGAGAAUGACAACUUGGAGAAAAGGAACGAACGUCCAGAUGAAUUUGAACACGUUGAAGGUGCAAAUACUGAGACAGAUACCCAAGCCUUAGGUUCUGCAACACAGGAUCAAUUGCAAACCAUUGAUGAAAAUAUGGCUAUUGAUGAUGAUAGGGAAGAACAAGAAGUGGACCAAAAAGACUUGGCAGAAGAAAGCGAUAAUGAAAAAAUGGAUAUUGAUGAAGAAGACAUGCUAUCUGAUGUUGACGAGCAUGAUGCUAACAAUGGUACCGAUAGUAAAAAGUCAGGAUUUAUCGGUGAAAGAAAGACUGAGAAAGAUCUUGAGAAUGAACUUCCAAAUGAACACUUCUUGCCAGAUCAAGAGGAUAAAGAUGAACUGCAAGCUUUAAUUGAAAACGUUGAAGAUAAUACGCAUGAUGCAAGCGCUAGUUUAACACCAGAAAGAUCGUUAGAGGAAUCCCGCGAAUUGUGGCACAAAAGUGAAAUCUCCACCGCCGAGUUAGUAUCGCGUCUUGGCGAACAAUUAAGACUAAUUUUGGAACCCACCUUAGCGACAAAGCUGAAAGGUGAUUACAAGACUGGUAAAAGACUGAAUAUGAAAAGAAUUAUUCCAUAUAUUGCCUCACAAUUCCGUAAAGACAAAAUCUGGUUGAGAAGAACUAAACCCAGCAAACGUCAAUACCAAAUCAUGAUUGCACUUGAUGAUUCUAAGUCCAUGAGUGAAUCCAAAUGUGUCAAACUCGCUUUCGAUAGUUUAUGCUUGGUCUCUAGGACAUUGACUCAAUUAGAGGCUGGAGGGUUAUCUAUUGUCAAAUUCGGUGAAAAUGCUAAAGAAGUUCACUCAUUUGACCAACAGUUUAGUAACGAAUCGGGCGCAAGAGCGUUCCAGUGGUUCGGUUUUCAAGAAACUAAAACAGACGUUAAAAAACUUGUCGCUGAAUCUAUUAAAAUUUUUGAACGAGCCCGCGCUAUGGCACAUAAUGACCAAUGGCAGCUGGAAAUUGUUAUUUCUGAUGGUAUUUGUGAAGAUCAUGAGACAAUACAAAGACUAGUACGUCGUGCUAGAGAAAACAAAAUCAUGUUGGUUUUUGUUAUCAUAGAUGGCAUUACUUCAAAUGAAUCCAUCUUAGACAUGAGCCAAGUAAACUAUAUUCCAGAUCAAUUUGGUAACCCACAAUUAAAGAUUACCAAAUACUUGGAUACUUUUCCCUUUGAAUUUUAUGUUGUUGUCCACGAUAUCAGUGAACUGCCCGAAAUGCUUUCAUUGAUUUUACGUCAAUAUUUUACGGACCUGGCUUCUAACUGA